AUGGCAGAUAAUCCAGGUAGCCCGGCAGGAGGGAGUCAUGAGAGUGGGGGUGAGCAGAGCCCUCACUCUGGAGUUAGGGAGCAGGACAGGUACCUCCCUAUCGCCAACAUUAGCAGGAUCAUGAAGAAGGCAUUGCCGGCCAACGGCAAAAUCGCUAAGGACGCCAAGGAUACUGUCCAGGAAUGUGUCUCCGAGUUUAUCAGCUUCAUUACUAGCGAGGCGAGUGAUAAAUGUCAAAAGGAGAAGCGAAAGACAAUCAAUGGGGAUGAUUUGUUAUGGGCAAUGGCAACUUUAGGCUUUGAGGAUUAUAUUGAGCCACUCAAGGCGUACCUUAAUAGGUACAGAGAGGGAGAUGCCAAAGGGUCUUCAUCUAGGGGUGAAGGAUCUGCCAAAAGGGAACCAAUUGGUGGCAUGUCUGCUCAAAAUGCACAGUAUGCUAUACAGGGUGCAAUGAACUACAUAAGUUCGCAGGGACAAGGACAGCAUAUGAUAGUACCUUCGAUGCAAGGCAAUGAGUAG